UUAACGGUGAUCCCAUCUGCCGCAUUUCCCUCUCAAGUUAAUUAUGAGAAGAUCAUCACCGAAGGCAGCAGAAAACAUAAGUCCCACCAUCCAUGGAGGAAGAUGAGCUCGUCACAGAUCUCAGGAAUCGAUUCAAACUCUCGGCGGUCUCUUUGGCCGAAGCUGAAGCUAAGAGAAAUGAUAUGGAAAUGUCCGAACCCGUAUCCGAAUGCAUUGCUGAUUUAACCUUGAGAUACGCAGAACAGCUAGCGAAGGACCUCAAGUUAUUCGCGCAGCAUGCAAGGCGGAAGUCUGUUAAAGCAGAAGACGUUGUCAUUUCCGCUCAUAGAAACCGAGGUCUGACCACCUCGUUGACAUCUUUCCAUGAUGAAUUGCGAGCGAAAGAGCCUGAACGAGCCCACCGUGAUCGGAGGAAGGGGAAGAAGUUUCCUAGAGAAGAUGAAACGGUCGAUCCAGAUUACAUGCCCGAGUCAGAUUAUACUCCCUAGUCCUCGUGACUCACGAAUUUUUCUUGCAUCGACUGGUACUUGUGAAGUUGUAAUCUCAGCUAGUAAUAGAUGAAGAAACGUUUGAAUGAAAUGUCGAAUUCUCUA